AUGAUCAUUGGAAAAACUUCAAGGAGCAAGAAAUUGGCUGCAAAAGGCUUCGAAAAAAGUCGUAAACGGAAAGCUUCACACGAGGUCUCAAUCGAGGAAUCCGACAAUGACGAACAAGCAAAUUCUAAGAAGUUUAUUGAGGAAGAAAAAGUACCUGUUAUGGAUAUUACCACAAAAAGUGAUUCGGAUGGAGAAGGAGAUUCAGAUAGAGAGCUGCAAAUAGCCCUUCGUGAAGGUCUGUUAAAAACCGACAAGCUCAACUACAUCGUGCCCGCAAAACGUCCUAUCAUAAACAAAACGGCCGAAAUGCGGGAGAAAGUCGCUGAGUUCGCCAGAAAGUUGCCUUGGAUUGAAACUGUGGACGUGACAACGAAAUCUACCCUCACUAAGGAAAUGAUCGAUAAUGAUUUCGAUCGUGAGAUGCAGUUCUACCUUCAGGCGGAGAAGGCUGUUCAAAUAGCAGUACCUCGUCUUCUUUCAAUGGGUGUGAAAGUAAUUCGUCCUUCGGACUAUUAUGCUGAAAUGGCGAAAAGCGACGGCCACAUGCAAAAGGUUAGGAAGCGGUUGUUGAAAAUUCAAGAAGGUAAAGAGCGCCAAGAAGCAAUUAGAAGGAUGCGAGAAGAAAAGAAGUAUGCUUCAAAGGUUCAAAAAGAAGUGUUGGAGAAAAGGAACAGCGAGAAAAAGCAGUUGAUGGAAGCUGUCAAGAAGCAUAAGAAAGGAAUGAAGCAACAGUUAGAGGACAUGCUCAGCAAUGUUAAACGAAUGGGUCUGGAU